AUGCCGAUAGUAAGGCACAACGAUGAGGAGUACCACUUAUCCCAUGAAGAAGAGGAAAAAUUGAAUGAAUUCCGUUCAAUUACGGAUUUCCCGGAGGACGACCUGCCCCUAAUAAUACGUUUGUUGCAGAACUACGGCUGGCAUCUGGAGCGAGCGCUGGGCUUGUAUUUUGACGGUGAUUGGAAGCGUUCGGUUACAACUACGGACUUGCCAGCGAUUCCCGUGCGGCCUCCUACGCCGGCCGCAAUUAGAGCCGGAACAGCGCCAAUUGGGCAAAGGGAGCCGUUUGUGGCAUCGGAUGCUCAUAUGAUUCCUUCUUUGCACACUGUCCAGCCACUUCCGGAGAACUUUAGGGACCACUUCUCGGUUGUUGGUCUUGGUGGAAAACGCGGUGACGUGUGGAACAUUACUUCGCAAGAGAGUCCUUUCCUUAUAAUACUGAUGUUCAUACCAAGAGUUUUAAUGAAGUUGGGGGCUCGAAUACUCUUUCUGCUGUGGAGUCUGAUCACCUUUGGGUUUCAGUCGCACAUCGAUGAAAGGACAAAGGUCUGCAAAAUUCCUGACGCUCCCAAGAAGAGGUCUGGAUCGUUGAAGGAAGUACUACCGCAACAUAUGGAUGAAAAAAGUUUGGCUCGGCUUAAUAGACUUAUUUCCGACCUCUCUUUCAAUGAAGCAUUAAAAGUAUGUCAAGAAGAGUUCAAGUAUCUCCUUCUGAUUGUCAUUGGGGAUGUCAUCGAUGUCGGAGCCCCAGACUUCAAUUCCCGGAGGUUUUUGUCUAAAGUUCUAAGCAACCCAGCAGUAAUUUCCCUGCUUGAGAAGUACAAAGACGAACUUGUCAUCUACCUGAGAAGUGCUGACGAACUUGAAACUUGGCUUGUUGCUCAGCAGCUUCAUGUUAAAUACACACCGGAGUGCUUAUUGAUUGCUAACGUUCUAAACUCAAACGGAUCACUAAAUGGCAUCACAAGAUUGUCGGUUUUGUCGAAGGUAAGAAUAAGUUCUCCCAAGAAAUUUGAAAACUCGCUCAAGGUUUCACUUGAGAGAUUUCAUCCAGAGCUUGUGGUGAGUAGAACAGAGCAAGCAGAGUUGCGAUUGGCUCGUGAAAUCAAGGAAAUGCAAGACGCUGCCUAUGAGGCAUCAUUAGAGCAGGAUCGUUUUAAGGAGCAGGAGCGUAUUUUGAAGGAACAGCAAGAACGUGAGUUGAAACAAAGCGAGCAGGAACGUGAGAAAGAGAGGGAAAUGAAGGAAACUCUAAAGCACUUGACUUGGCUUCAAUGCUGUAUUGAAGUGGCAAACCAGGAGCUUUCGCCCUCUGAUACCAAGAAAAAAGCUACUCUGCAAAUAAGAACCUCUAACGGGCAAAGAUUUGUCAAGAAAUUUGCUAGCACCACCAGCUUACGCGCACUAUACGUCAACAUCGGUUGCCACUUAUAUUUGCAGACAUACACGAACGAUUCAAAAGAAUGGGUGUCAAGCAUGGUUAAAAAAAUAGAGUCUCUAACGCAGAGCAGCUCCGUUCAUUGCUUCAAAGGCAGUUCAAUCUCAUUUAGCAAUACCAACAUCGGUGAUCUAGCUGAAAUAAUUGAGGACGAACUGAACAAAUUGACCAUCGAAAGAUCCACAAAUCUGGAGUUUGAUUUCGAGCUUGUUUCACCCUUCCCAAGAGAAAAAAUAUCAGUGGACGAAAACCUAGCCCUAAAGGAUGUCUCUCAAUUAUGGCCCAACGGCAGUCUCCUGGUAGAAGAUAUCAUUGAAGAAAGCGACGUCGAUGAAGACGAUGAUGAAGCAGAGUCUAUCGAUGAAUAG